GGAAGUGUAUCACAGAAACAGAAGCUCUUGGAGUCGAACAGGGGUCUUCUUCUGAAGCUAGCAAAGCUAGCUUUCCUCAACCUGGAAAGGGGCAACUUGAUGUUCUACGAGGCCGAUCUCCAUGAGUGUGGCAUCAACAUCGAUGAAGCGUCCAUUUACUGCGGAAUGUGCACCGAGAUUCUCAAAGAGGAGGAAGUGUUUUACGAGAAAAAAGUCUACUGCUUUGUCCACCUGAUAAUCCAGGAGUGUCUUGCAGCAGUCUAUGUGUUUUACUCGUACAUUAGCCGUGACAUGGGGGCACUAGCGUUCUUCCUCAAGGGCAAGUCACGAGCCAGCCACAAGAACGUCACUUUGGACGUCUUGUUGAACAGCGUGGUCACCAAAGCCUCCGAGAGCGACAAUGGACACCUGGACUUGUUUGUCCGUUUCCUUCAUGGCCUCUCACUGGAGAGCAAUCAGAAGCUUCUCCUAGGCCUGCUCACUCGCACAGAGAGAAACCCGGAGAGCGUCAACAGAGCCGUCAAAAACCUGAAAGAGAUGCAGAGGAAGAACGUCUCUCCCGAAAGGUGCAUCAACCUCUUCCACUGCUUAAUUGAGACGAAUGACGCCUCUGUCUAUGAUGAAAUACAAGUGUUUUUGAACUCAGAGAAGGGUCCUGGGAUGCUGCUGUCCCCUGCUCACUGCUCGGCUUUGGCGUACAUGCUCCUGAUGUCUGAAGAGGCCCUGGAUGAGUUUGAUCUCACAAACUACAAGACUUCAGACGAAGGACGCAGAAGAUUGCUACCAGUCGUCCGGCUUUACCGCUGCAAACUGACUGAAAAGUGCUGGGCCAAUCUCGUAUCAGCAUUUCAGUCAGAGACGUCUCACCUGAGAGAACUGGAUCUUACCUGCAAGACUCUGGAAUACGGCUUCUUUGCCCGGCCCUCAGUUGUCCUGGCUGCACAGUACAGACAUUAAGAAUGAAGGGCUGUCAGGAGACGGGUGUGAGGUGUUGGCCUCUGCCCUCAGGGCUGGUCUGCCGAGCCUACGGGAGCUUGACCUGAGUCUCAAUGAGUUUGAAUACACCACAGCGAACGUGCUGUUGACGAGCAUGACAAGCCCUCAAUGCCAGCUUGAGACAUUGAGGCGGAAAAGAUGUGGUCUGACAUACCGGCAUUGCGAGGCUCUUGCCUCUGUCCUCGAAUCAGGCGCAGCAUGCCUCCGUGAGCUGGACCUGAGUGACAACGACCUGGAUGACCACGUGGUCGAGAGGCUCUCGUCCGGCCUCAUGAGUACUGUGCCCUAAGA